UUUCUGCCCCUCCCGCAGUACGCCCAGGACCCAGCCAUGGUGCAUUACAUCUACCAGCGCUUUCAAGUCUUGGAGCAAGGACUGGCAAAAUGUACCGAAGCAACAAGAGCAUACCUUCAAGACUUCCGAGAAUUCUCAAAAAACAUAUCUGUUAUGGUGGGGCGAUGCCACACCUACACAAGUGAGUACAAGAGUGCAGUGAACAACCUGGCACUGCGAGUGGAGCGAGCCCAGCGGGAGAUCGACUACCUGGAAUACCUUCGAGAGGCUGACAUAUGCCUGGAGUCAGAGGAGAAGACGCUGGCGGAGAAGCUUCUUCAAGCAGCUGAGGAAGAGAAGAAGAUCCGAAGUCUGCUGAAUGCAAGCUGUGACAACUUGCUGACAGGUAUAAAGUCCCUGAAAAUAGUGAAGAAGACUCUGGACCCCGAUGGCUCUUGGAUGAAAGACGCUGGCAGUGACUCCCCCAAAGUGUACCUUUUAAUUGGAUCCAGAAACAAAACUCUUUGGGAAUUUGCAAAUAUCCGGGCAUUCAUGGAGGACAGCACCAAGCCGGCUCCCCGAAAGUUACUCCUACCACUUUCCUGGCAGGGAUCGGGUCAAGUGCUCUACAAAGGUUUUCUAUAUUUUCACAACCAAGGGACUUCUAAUGAGAUAAUCAAAUACAAUCUGCAGAAGAGGACUGUGGAAGACCGAAUGCUGCUCCUAGGAGGGGCAGGCCGAGCACUGGUCUACCAGCAUUCUCCCUUCACUUACAUUGAUCUCGCUGUGGACGAGCAUGGGCUCUGGACCAUCCACGCAGGCCCAGGUGUCCAAAGCCAUCUGGUUCUCACAAAAAUUGACCCUGGCACGCUGGGAAUAGAGCACUCCUGGGACACACCAUGCAGAAGCCAGGAUGCUGAGGCCUCAUUCCUCUUAUGCGGGGUUCUCUAUGUGGUCUACAGUUCUGGGGGCCAAGGUCCUUCUCGAAUCACAUGUGUCUAUGACCCUCUGGGCACUGUCAGUGAUGAGGACCUGCCCAACUUGUUCUUUCCCAGGCGGCCCAGAAGUCACUCAAUGAUCCAUUACAACCCCAGAGAUAAGCAACUCUAUGCCUGGAAUGAAGGAAACCAGAUCAUUUACAAACUCCAGACAAAGAGAAAGCUACCUUUGAAGUAAUGCAUUGCAAGCUGGAGGGAUACUAACACGAUUCUGAUGGAUGUUCUCCAGGACACUGAGGCCAGGGCUCUUUCACAAUGUAGCACUCUUCUAGUCACAUGCAAGAGUAAGAUCUAGGAGUGGGAAUCCAUACGCUCCCUUCCCAGGUGUAUUUAGGUAUUUCCAAUAGCUUAGAGGAGUCUCUCAUUUAGAAAUUUUCAAUUUUGGGGUGAGUCCAUUACCUUCCAAACUUCUUGCCCCCCGAGGCCUCUCAUUUUGGGGCCCAGCUUAUUCCCAGCUUUCUUUUCUGAUCUCCAGCAUCUACUUCGACUCUGGCCUCUUUUUUCCUCUUGACACUCAGUGGGUUUUUAUUCUCUGGCUUUUGCUCAGUCUCUUCACUCUUUACAAAUAUUCUUUCCAUUUUGUCCACUGCCCACCUAAAAGCAUUAUUUCUUAUUGACAUUUAAACUUUAUUUCCUUUAGCUUUGCUGUUCCUCCAAGGUAGAUGGAUGCAAUAAUAAAUAUAUUAACAUUUCAAUACCACUU